UGCAUUAAUACCAUUCUGUUUGCAUCGUGAUCUUCAUCUUCAUCAUCACCAUCAUCAUCAGCAGUCAUGUUCUCUCGUUCUCUCCUGCUGGUUCUGCUGGUUCUUGUCUGCCUUCAGUCCUUCACAUCGGCCGAGAGUGCGGAUGAACCAACGAAAUGCUGUUUCAGUCACCACAAGAAAAGAACCCCUGCAAAUAUCAUUACAGCGUAUAAAGUAACACACAUAAAGUGUAGAAAACCUGGAGUCAUCUUUACUCUAAAGAUAGGCAAAGAGAUGUGUGCACAUCCUGAAGACGAGUGGGUGAAGAGGGUCAUGGAACUAAUUGACCAGCGCAAGUUUACAACCACUGACGCCGUGAACACUCAUCAGAAAACGAGUGGGUGAAGAGGGUCAUAGAAACAAAUUGACGAGCGAGUUUAAAAACCUGUCCUGAUCUCAGCUAUAAUGUUUAAAUCCUCUCUCCAGUUAUAACCAAUUAUUUUGAUUAAUAUUAAACAAAAUGCACUAUUUAUGCAUUUAAACAGAAGGAAUGAAGUUUUUCACUGUAUAUCCGAUUUGAAAAAAAAAAAAAACUUUUGCUUUAAUUCGUCUCGCAGUGUUUAUCUGAAUUGAACCACAGGCAGUGGGGAUUAGUUUUAUUUUCAGAAAUAUUAAAGGACAUUUUCUAUCACA